AUGCACUUCUUCUGUCCUGAGAUUUUUCAAUUUUUAGGCGACGCUGUGACCCCAGAGAGAGUCAUGGAAUCUUUGGGCCAUGGCGCCGGAGACUAUAGGGUGAUGCCCACAAACUCCAAGUCCGGCGAGCUGUUCCUCUUUUCUGAUGACCGACAGUUCAUCAUCAAAACCCUUUCUGGCAAGGAGUUAAUGCUUCUGGCCCGCAUGAUGCCGGCCUAUUUCGAGCAUUUCCAGCAUUGGCCACGCUCACUGAUUGUGCGAUAUGCAGGUCUCUAUCGCGUAAUGUUUGCGGAGCAGCCAAUUCAUUUCAUAGUCAUGAAGUCCGUUUUCGAUCACAGGCUUCCAUUGCACUUGAAGUUCGACCUCAAGGGCUCGCUCCACAAACGCAAGUCCAAGCCUGGAGAAUCCGUCGGCAAAGACCAGGACUGGGUGGAGGCUAACCACUGCAUGAAUUUGCCGGCUUCCGUGCGACGGCAGUUUGCAGCUCAAGUUGAAGUUGACCUGCAGCUUCUGGAAAGCUUUAAGAUGAUGGACUACUCCAUCCUCCUGGGAACACAUUUCACGCAGCAAAAAGAAGAAUCCGAGGAGGACGUUGCGCUGUCCCCGGGGUGGGGAGAAGGAUGUCUUGUAUCCGAGGACUGCUCUGAGAUUUAUUUCGUGGGUAUCAUUGAUUUCUCGAUCAAGUACAGCAUCAAAAAGCAGGCCGAGAAUCUUCUCCGAGUGGCCCAAGGCACAGGUGAGAAGACUUCUUGUGUAUCUGCUGAUACCUAUGCUGAACGGCAGCUGAUGUUCGUCUAUGAGAAGGUCAUACGGACAAUGCCUGGAGCUGGAGACAUUGGAACUGAAGGGCGAUUGCGGGUUGAGGUCGUGAAAGCAGAGAACUUAAUCGCUGCAGACUGGAACGGGAGCUCGGAUCCGUACGUCACUGUGAAACUGGGGCUUUGCGUCAAGCGCACGGCAACAAUACCCACGACUCGAAAUCCGGUCUGGAAUAGCCUUUUGCUCCUGCCUGUGCACAGCGCGCACCGGAGCCAGGAAGUCCAAGUCAGUGUUUGGGACGAGGACCACCUCAAGACCAUCCGUGGCAAUGAUGACUUCCUGGGGUGUCUCACGGCUCCUAUGUCUUGGAUCAUGCAGGGCCCUGUGGAUUUUGCGGGAGCAGAUUUGUGCGACACGGCGCGCGGCAAGAUCUCCAUCCGUUUUGUCUACGAGUCUGCUGAAGACCUUCUGGACGACAUCGUGUCAACAACGGCUAGCACAUCGCAGAGACCUGGCAGAUUUGAGAUAGUGUCAACCGGCAUGAGCUGUGUGGUCCCUCUGCAAAGCUGUGACUUCUUGAAGUUGGACAGAGCUGAGCCAGAAGCAGGCAAUCGCGCCAUGAAGUAUUUGCUGCUUUGUGGAUGCAUUUGCCUGAGCCUGAAGCAAGAAGUCACAGUCCCUGAAGGUGGCAUGCUUCGUCUGCAGCUCGCUGUACCGCUCCGCCGCGCUAGCGCUAAGCCGAGUGUGAGCCAAAGGGAGCCAACGCGCACUGACGGUGUGGUUGCAGCAGAAAUGGAAAUGGAUAUCAACAUGCCGAUGCAAGUCAAAUUCCAAGUCAACUUCGGCAGACGAAGGUUCGCGUGCAACCUGGAACUCAGUCAGUUCGAGCUGCAGCUGACAGCUAUCAUGAGCACGCUGAGCGUCAUGGAGCACUGCUGCAGCGCUACCACCGAUGACGCCGAGGGAUACUUCAUCAAGGGUCAGAUCGAGCAGCUAAACAGCAUCCGACAUGCAGUGCUCAAAUCUGCGCGCAAGAUGACGAUUGAAGAAGAAGUCGUGCCAGAAGGCACGGAGAGUGACAGCACUUUGGUUUACCGGCCCACGACGGAGGAUACGGUAGCGCUUGACAACAACGACUGCAGACAGGCAGGCAAUAGCAAUGAGCAAGUGCAGAAACGCCUGGAAGUGGACCCGAAGGAGGCCGCCUCCACCCCUAGCAAAAAGGCCUCCAAGUUUAGCGACUUCAAGCUCCUCAAGGCCAUGAAGGACAUGGUGAAAGCGCGGGCCCGCAGCAAGCGAGAUGGAGUCCAACCGCUGGGCAAGCCAAACGAAGGGCAUUCCCUGUUCUCGUCACAGCGGGCAGCGCAGGAGUCCUAUGACAGCGAUGAGGAAGGCUUGAACCUGGACUCUGAUGAUGAUGAAAGCUGCCUGCCUCACAGUGUGGUUCCCACACGCACAACAUCCAAAAAGGACAUCGUCAGAAACGAUCGCGCGUUGCCGUGUGCUAGCCGCUUGGCGAACAGAGGUAGAGUUGCCCCGGCAACUGACUUCACUGCUGGUUUUGGGGUAGGGCGCAAUGCACUGGACUAG